AUGCGUGGCUGUGAUUGGAAUAGGGUGGACGACGACACAGCGGCGACAGAGGUGACGAGAGCGAGUCGGGCGUUAAAGGCGCGGGCGGGCGGUUCCCGAGGCGUUAUGGCGUAUCUGGACAAGACCCGGAGACACAACGCCCGGACAGAUGUGAACAAACUGUUUUUGUUGAGCACCAUCCGCAGGUUAUACUUUGUGUUUGAGCUGCGCGAGAUCGUGUUGGCUGUCUGUGGCCAUAGUGUGGACUUGCAUAACCGACGGCAGCAGGAGGACAAGUGCUGGUCAAUGCGCCGCAUGGAGCGAAAACUCGACGCGUCAAGAGACGAGUGCAGGCCCAGGACGACGAGCCGACGCCGGGACGAAAAGACGAGACGUGAGGCAAAGCGACGACGCAGUCCAAGCCGAAGUCAAAGUCCGAGUCGGAGCAAGCGGUGCCAGGAGGACCGGAAGGCACGUGGACGCAGCUGUAGCUCUGGUGGCGGGUACAAUAAAACGAGAGAAGAUCGAGAUGCACGAAGCUACUGGGCACGAAAGAAGGCUGAAAAGAGUGCAGCGAUCUGGGGAAAUUUGUACUCGAAAGGCACUGUCUCGACGGAGAACGCGCCUGCCUUUAGUAGUGAGGCAGAAUCGACCGACGAUGACGUGAAGCUGGCAGACGUAAAAACGUCGAUAGUACCCGAGCGUAGCAGGAAGAAGCACAGGAGAGACAAGAAGAAACGUGAUGGAAACAACGACAAGGUAGCGACGAGGUGA